GAGAGAGAGAGAAAAGGCAGGGAGUCUCCGCGGCACUCACGUUUCGAGCGGCUUGGAGAAAAGGUUGGAGCGAGCGCUCUUUUGCGACCCCCCUGGCUAGCUAAAGCGAUGGUUUGGGACGCCGUGGCCUUCCGAACAUCCGGACCCCUGUUUCUUUCCCCGAGCCCAGCCAUGCUCCGUCGGGCUUUGCUCUUCCUUUUCAGCGGGCUCUGCGCUUGGGGUUUUAACCUGGACUCCAAGGCGCCGACGGUUUUGAUCGGCCCCCCAGGCAGCUUUUUUGGCUUCUCGGUGGACUUUUACCUCCCGGAAGAACAGAGUGGCAGCAUCCUUGUCGGGGCACCCAAGGCUGAAACAGGCCACUCAGAAAUUACGCAAGGAGGUGCAGUUUUCUAUUGUCCCUGGCAUCUUGGCAACAACAGCUGCACAACCAUUGAAUUUGAUAGCAGCAAAGGAUCCCGUUUGGACGAACUCAAUGGGACGCUAGAGCAAAUGGAAUUUAAAUCGCUCCAAUGGUUUGGAGCUACCGUGCGAUCACACGACAAAUCCAUCUUGGCCUGUGCCCCCUUGUACAGCUGGCGGACAACUAAGGAUGAACCUCAACGUGAAGUUGUGGGCACAUGCUACCUGUCAAUCAACAACUUUACUAAAUUCGUAGAAUAUGCUCCUUGCCGCUCAGAUCUAAACUCACCUGCUGGACAAGGCUAUUGUCAAAGUGGCUUCAGUGCUGAAUUCACAAAGGCAGGACGGGUUCUUCUUGGUGGCCCUGGAAGCUACUUCUGGCAAGGCCAAGUGAUCUCAGCAACUCAAGAGGCCAUUGAAGAAUCCUAUGACCCCGAGUAUUUAAUCGUUGUGGUUAGAGAAGAGCUCAAGACACAUCAGGCUCACAUCAAAGCGGAUGACAGUUACCUAGGUUAUUCUGUGGCUGUAGGUGAAUUCAGCGGAGAUGCCACUGAAGAUUUCGUGGCUGGUGUUCCCAAAGGAAAUCUCACCUAUGGAUACGUAACAAUUCUAAAUGGAAGUGACAUUCGACCGUUAUACAACUUUUCUGGAGAACAGAUGGCUGCCUAUUUUGGGUAUGCUGUGGCUGCCGUGGAUAUCAACGGUGAUGGACUGGAUGACUUGCUGAUCGGUGCCCCCUUGUUUAUGGAAAAAACGGAAGAUGGCCGUGUUCAGGAGGUGGGCAGGGUCUAUGUCUACCUGCAAAAGAUAUAUGGCAUGGAGCCCGGUGCCUCAGCUGUACUGACCGGUCACCAAGAGUUUGGCCGCUUUGGCAGUGCUAUAGCCUCAUUGGGAGACCUCAACCAGGAUGGCUACAAUGAUGUGGCCAUUGGAGUGCCAUUUGGCGGCACGGCAAAGCAAGGCGUGGUCUACGUGUAUAAUGGCCAACAGAAUGGGCUGCACCCCAAGCCGUCUCAAGUAUUGCAAGGCUACUGGUCACCUGGUCAAGUCCCAGACUUCUAUGGGUUUGCUCUGCGUGGGGCCAAAGACCUGGAUGGAAACGGUUACCCAGAUCUAAUUGUGGGGGCCUUUGGCGUGGAUAGAGCCAUGGUUUACAGAGGACGCCCCAUUGUUCAUGCCACCGCCACUCUCAGCAUCUUCCCCACUAUGUUUAACCCUGAGGAACGCGCAUGCACCCUGGAGGAAACCGGUACCCCUGUGGCAUGCAUCAACUUGAGCUUCUGUCUGAAUGCAUCUGGGAAGCAUGUUCCUGAUUCCAUUGGAUUCACCGUGGAGCUGCAUCUUGACCACCUCAAACACAAAGGAGCAAUAAAGCGAGCCCUCUUCCUGCAUUCCCAGCAAUCCCACUUUAUUCAGACCCUCCAAGUCCACAACGGAGCCAGUUCAGAGUGCCGCGAGAUGAAGAUUUACUUGAGGAGUGAGUCAGAAUUCCGGGACAAGCUCUCUCCCAUCCACCUGUCACUGAACUUCUCGUUGGAUCCAGAGGCACCACCCGAUGCACAUGGCCUACAGCCCAUCUUUAACUACCACACACGCAACCACAUUGAACAGAAGGCCCAAAUUCAGCUAGACUGUGGAGAGGACAACGUCUGUGUCCCUGACCUGCAACUUGACGUCUUUGGCGACCAAACUGUUGCCUAUCUGGGAGACAAGAAUUCAGUGAACCUUUCAUUCCAUGCGGUGAACCGUGGAGAAGGUGGUGCCUAUGAAGCUGAACUCCAUGUGACAAUCCCACCCGAGGCAGACUAUACAGGAGUUCAACGCAACUACGGGAACAUUUCCAGCCAGAGCUGCCGCUAUGACACCGUGAACGACACAAAUAUGGUCAUCUGUGACCUUGGCAACCCGAUGAAAGCAGGUGUCAGCCUCUGGGGUGGCCUGCGCUUUACUGUGCCUCGCAUCACCGAUGCUAAGCCAUCCAUCCAGUUUGAUUUCCAGAUUCACAGCAAGAACGCCAAUAAUUCUCACAGCGAAGUGGAAUCUUUUGUCCUGCGCGUGGAGGCUUCCUUUCGCAUUUCAUCCCAUGGAGCAUCCAUGCCAGACACUGUGUCUCUGCCUGGUUGGGUCCCUGGUAGAUCAGUACAGCGUGAACAAGAUAUCGGCCCUGGGGUCCGCCAUGUCUAUGAGUUUGUCAACGAGGGGCCCAGCGACAUCAGUGAAGGAGUGUUAGACAUCAGUUGUCCUCUCCGAGUGCAAGGACGCGCUGUACUGUAUGUCACCCGCUACACGGUGCAAGCAAAUUGUACCUCCAGCAGCCCCAUUAAUCCAUCACGUCUGCAGCUGGAGCAACCUCCAACACCUUUUCCUGGGCAGGAGCAACACUAUGUGCAGAAGCAAGAUGGAGGAUGGCAUACAGGCAACAUUGGAGGCACUUUCCCUCUGAAGUGUAAUGAGGAUGAAUGCUUCCAACUUCACUGCCGCAUGGGAGCACUGCAACGACAGGAAAGUCUCAGUUUACGCCUCUAUUUUCGCAUCUGGUCCAAAAGCUUUCAGCAGAAAGAGAACUAUCCCCAGGCUAUCCAGUGUGAAGCCGUUUACCAUAUGCAAAAGGUGCCCUACCAAAUCCAGCCUCUAGAGCACCCCACCACUCAUCUGAAGGUGUCAACAUCACUCCAUUGGGCUAAGGCAGAGACUAGCCAGGGUGUUCCUCUAUGGAUCAUCAUCUUAGCCAUCUUGAUUGGACUGCUGCUGUUGGCACUGCUCAUCUAUGUGUUGUACAAGCUGGGCUUUUUCAAACGUUCCCUUCCUUACGGCACAGCCAUGGAGAAAGCUCAGCUGAAACCACAAGCAGCUUCAGAGGCCUAGCAGGUCAAUGUUGCCCUCCAUAUAUAUGUGUUGUUGCUGCUGCUGCCGCCCUGCGAAGAGGCACUCAGAUCGCCCAUCAAAAGCACUAGGGGUGGGGAGGAGGGAUUCCAACCAACACCGGCAAGGCGUAGGAGGGCAGGGCCACAGACACUGGGCCCCUUGGACGAUUGCAGGGUUCAGUGCACCAAGCACCUCUGCUUUCCCUCCGUGAAAGAGGCUCCAACCUUGACACUAAGUGCCCUCCUUUCCCAACCAUUCCCGUCCCCUGAGGCUUGGAUCCUAACAACAACAUGUGUCCUGAACUGAGGGCUGCAGCAGGCAUUCGCUUCCAGCCCAAGGGAAUACUUGAAGCCGCUGGAGCGGCAGGUGCUGGCCUGAUUUCAGGCCCCUUAAGUCAAGCUGUCUGUUCCGUCCAUCUGCGGGGAAGGGAUUGUUGUCAUGGACAGUUUUUCAAGCUGCUGGUCUUCUUUAGAUUGAGACAGCUUGGCUGAAAAAAACAAAAGAAAAAGGAAAAAAAAAUAAAAGCACAAUCACCUCCUGAGUCCAGCUCUUUCUCCUCCGUGGGCCAGAAUGGAGGAUCCUGGGCUCGCUUCUCUUCUUUCCCGUCUUCCCCGCUUUGCUUCCUGUGGAGGACGACAUGGGGCAGAGACUUUAGCUGGGAAAGCUGGAUGCUCCCACAAUGCCAAAGAUUUGCCACAUUAGGAAGCCAAGCCAUCACCCGGUGUCGGCCCGGACUUGCCGACGGUCUUCGCACUGAUCUCCGGAAACCGCUAAGAGAUGUUUUAUUUUUCAGAUGCCACUUUAAUGAAAAGAAGGAAUGAGGAAGCGAGGGCCACCUCUUGGUAGCAGACAGGGGUUGCUGUUUUUAAUUUAAAAUGUCCAAUGUGCAAUAAAUGCUUCCCUAUUUUCUACUUCGUCUACUUACUUAGUAAAUAUUAGUGCCAUGUGGUUGGCUAUGGGCUCGAGCCUCUAGAAC